UGUGGGGGAAAGGAGGCCCUCAUGCAGGAAACAAACAACUGUAUUUUGUAUGUUAUGGGGGAUGAAACUGCUUCUCCUUCAAAUAACCCUCAUAUUAAUCCCUGCGGUGAAAUGAAAAGUGCAAAGGCCCUUUGACAAAUAAAGUUGAUGUUCUAAAGAUUACAGGCUGAAUAAUGUCGUCUAGAGAUCGAAAGAAAGCAUCUAUUUAUCAGAGACUGCAAAAGCUUCGCUCUGUUACCAACUCUACUGCUGUGAACAAGACCUCAAUCAUUGUAGAUGCAUCGAGAUAUAUAGAAGAGUUGAAAGAAAAGGUGGAGAAAUUGAACCAAGAAAUUGGAACUUCACAAAUUUCAACUUCCCAGAAUCCUCUGCCUAUGCAGGUUACAGUGGAAACCCUAAAGAAGGGUUUCCUUAUUAAUGUGUUUUUGGAAAAGAAUUGCCCUGGUUUGCUUGUUUCCAUAUUGGAAACCUUCGAAGAGCUUGGCCUUGACGUGCUCGACGCUAGGGUUUCUUGCGAAGACAAUUUCCAACUUGAAGCCAUUGGAGGAGAAAAUCAAGGUAAUGUUGAAGGCAUCGAUGCUCAGAUGGUGAAGCAAGCAGUGAUGCAGGCUAUCAGGAAAUGGAGUGAAAAUAGUUAGGAUUUCUCUCUGUUUUCUUUCGAAUUAGGUAUUCUCUUUAUAAUUCCUUUGAUCAGUUGCAGUUGCCUUGUAUCAUAUUUAUCUUUAUCAAUGGAAGUUUUAACUUUUUAAAAUUUCUUCUUAAAAAAAAAAAAAA